AUGUGGCGAGUCAUGGAUCUUCACAUUCCGGAGAAUAUGAUCCACAUGAAAUCUGUUCUUGAUAAGUUGUGUAGGCACGCCGUUGAUCUGAGCAAAGGGAAAUUACUCGAAAUCAACAUUCAGUGCAUUGUCACCGAUGGGUUGCUCCAGUACAUUGCCCAGCAGAUAAGGUGGAGAACUUCACACAUAGCUGGUGACGAGGAGGCAUUAGCUAUUGCAGAAAACAUGCCCGAAUUACGCAACUUUCUACUCUUUGGACAUAAGAUGACAAGAGAUGGUCUGCCGACCAUUGUUGAUAGUUGUCCUCACCUGGAAUCCUUUGAUUUGCAGAAGUGUUUAAGCGUUAGUAUUGCAGGGAAUCUCGGAAGAGGAUAUUCUGAGCAGAUUGAAGAUAUUGAAACUAGUGAGAGUGACUCCUGUGAUGAGGAGUGCCUGUCUGACAUUGAAUUUUUCCCCUAUGAUUAUGAGUAUUAUUGA